AUGGGACAAAUCAAUCAGUCACUUGUCAAAGAGUUCGUAUUUGUGGGAUUCUCCAGAGAACAAGGAACUAAUCAAUGCUUGUUUGUGGUCGUCCUCUCUAUGUACCUCAUUACUCUUGUCGGCAAUUCACUUAUCAUCAUUGCUACCCACACUGAUGCACGACUCAGCACACCGAUGUACUUCUUCUUGGGCAACCUGUCUUUUUUGGACAUCUGUUUUACAACAAGUGUGGUGCCUCGGCUGCUGGUCCAUUUCCUAACCAGUCACAAAAUUAUCUCUUUCAGCAGAUGCAUGGCUCAGCUUUGAAUCUCUUUGACCUUGGGCAGCACUGAAUUUAUUCUGUUGGCAGUCAUGGCUUAUGACAGAUAUGUAGCUGUCUGCUGUCCCUUGCAUUACAAGGUCAUCAUGAGCAAGACUGUGUGCAUCCAGCUGGUACUGGCUUCCUGGACUGGUGGAUUUCUUAAUGCUAUGGUACAGACUGUGUUCACCAUGCGUCUUCAGUUCUGCUCAUUCAACACCAUCAAUCACUUUGCUUGUGAAGUCCUUGCUGUUAUAAAAUUAGCUUGCUCAGACACAUUUAUUAAUGAAAUCUCACUGAUGGUGGCAGGCUUCAUUAUUCUCCUAAUCCCCUGCAUUGUAGUAAUGCUUUCCUACAUCUAUAUAAUCCGUGCAAUUUUGUGUAUCCGUUCUUCUCAAAGUCGCUAUAGAGCCUUCUCCACAUGUACCUCUCACCUGAUGGUGGUCACCCUCUGCUAUGGCACAGCAGCCUUUGCUUAUAUGAACCCCCAAACCAGCACUUCUUCCAACCAGGAUAAGAUCCUUGCUUUCUUCUAUGCAGUGGUUACUCCAAUGUUCAACCCGCUCAUAUACAGCCUACGAAACAAGGAAGUAAAAGGAGCCCUGUGUAAAAUAGCAGGGAACAUUAGUGGAUUUACAAUGAAAGUCUUAAAUAAAGAAGCUGUUCAUGCAGAAAAAGAAGUAUUAUUAAGUAAUUUCUGCAAGGCCAGAUAUUGUGAUAUUCUCCACGUGCAAGAGACUCACCGAGGAAUUCACCAACGGCGUCCCUGUAUAGUAGGAAUGAAACUCGCCAUUGAGAGACCAAGUGAACAGUAUGGUAGUGCUAUCUUUGUUUCUCCUGACUUGAUAAUAUCUUCAAUGGCUCUUACAGAGGAAAAUAAUAUUGAAAUACUGUCAGCUGAGAAAAAAGAGUCAGAGAGUUCAGCAGCUUGGACUCCCACAGGGGAGCGUCCUUGCCCCCCUGUUAUGACCAUAUAUACUAGCGAUCAACCCGUUGGUCCUGAUACAUUGUCCUUCAUCUAUGCCAAUGAUUUGGCACUUACCACUCAGGGAAUUAACUUUGAGGAAGUGGAAGACAAGCUCAAUCUGGCUCUUAAGAAUAUGUCUGAAUAUUAUAACAAGAAUGGACUAAAACCUAACCGGUCAAAAACUAAUGUCUGUGCAUUCCACCUCAAAAAUAGGAAGGCCAGACAUAGGCUUGCUAUUAUUUGGGAUGGAGUGAGUCUGGCACAUUGUGAGAUUCCAUGUUACCUCAGUGUAACACUGGACCAAACAUUAACCUUUAAAAAACAGAUUUCCACCCAUAAUAAUCUUCUCCGGAAGCUGGCUGGUACUACUUGGGGUGCACGUCCUACCACUCCACGCAUGGCUGCCCUUGCAUUGUGUUACUCGGUGGGACAGUGA